AUGCGGCUGUUUGUAAAUCCGCGCGGCUUUGAUCCACAAACACCCGGGAGUCCUGCACAGACACGCCCAGCUGCAUGCACACACAGCCCGGGCAGAGAUGGAACACAAGACCCCCCCCAACCCUCUCCCUCUCUCCCGGUGCAAGUGCGUCCGCCCCUCGGAGCCCCCUGUCCCCGCUACGGUCCUUACCUCAAGCCCCGAGGAGGAGCGCGCUUCUUCCGCUCGCCAUCGCCGUCUGCCAUCGGCCCGAGUGGGGAGAGAGGGAGCGACACCUGGAGAUGGAGAGGGGAGGGGAGGGAGGGGGGAGGAUGA